GUAUUUUUUGUAAGUAUAAAAAGAAAACAGAUUUUUUGGAGUUCAUCAGUAGUUCAUCAGAUCUACUAUCCAGUCUUUCGUUGAAGUCAUCAUCGUUGUUCGUUGUUUAAUUUUUCACCUAAACAUCCUCAACAGUUUACCAAAAUGAGUGCCAAUUCUAAAAUCGAAAAUUUGAAGUUACUUAUGGAACGGCCCACCGAGCCGGUGUUCGUUCCAAAAGGUAACCGAAAAGCAUCUUUUGAAGUGCCCGAUAAUUAUUUAACAAAUCGUUAUAAACCAUUGGGUGUAUCAUUAACCAGUCGAUUUGGAGAUGAAGCUAAUGAAAAAAUUACAGUGAGAAAAAUUAAAUUACCGAACACAGCCCGAUUGGAAGGAUUGGGUCGACGUGAACCAUUUUCAUUAUUCAUUCCUGAACAUCGUGAAUUAGCAGCAUUAUGUAUUGAUAUUAUGAUGGGCAUGAAAGAUUUGGACGAUUUAACAUCAUUGUGCUGUUAUAUUCGGGAUCGAAUUAAUCCAUUCUUGUUUAAUUAUGCAAUUAGUGUUGCUAUGUUACAUCGUCCAGAUACACAAGGAACUGACUUACCAAAUUUUGCUUCUACUUUCCCGGAAAAAUAUUUGGAUGGUGCAGUAUUUGCACGAGCUCGUGAAGAAGUUACCAUCGUUCAAGAUGGAGCAAGGGAGGCAAUUGAACUUCCUCGUGAUUACACAGCAAGUGAUUUAGAACCUGAAAAUCGUCUAUCUUACUUCCGAGAAGAUUUGGGUAUUAAUUUACAUCAUUGGCAUUGGCAUUUAGUGUACCCAUUCGAAGGACGACGUGAUAUCGUCGCUAAAGACAGACGUGGUGAACUCUUUUAUUACAUGCAUCAACAAAUCAUUGCUAGAUAUAACGCUGAACGAUUAUGCAACAAAUUAGCGCGAGUUGAACGUUUUGUAGAUUUGAAACAACCAAUAAAGGAAGCUUAUUUCCCAAAGUUAGAUAGUUUAGUCGCAAGUCGAGCAUGGCCAGCACGUAGUGCAAAUACCACAUUACAAAAUUUAAAUCGUCCCGCAAAUCGAUUGAAGCAAGAUGUUGAUGAUUUAAAACGUUGGAGUGAUCGAAUUCAUGAGGCUAUUAACUCUGGUUUCGUUCGUUUGGAAAAUGGUAGUCAAAUGGAGUUAACUGAAGUCGAUGGAGUUGACCAAGGUAUCGACAUGCUUGGUAACAUGAUUGAAGCCAGUCCUGUCCUCUCACCAAAUAUACCUUAUUAUGGAAAUAUGCAUAAUAUGGGACACUUAUUCAUCGCUUACAGUCAUGACCCUGAUCAUAGAUAUUUGGAAAAUUUCGGUGUUAUGGGUGAUUCAGCUACAGCUAUGCGUGAUCCAAUAUUUUACCGUUGGCAUGCAUUUAUUGAUGAUAUUUUCCAAAAAUAUAAAUCCACAAUACCCCGGUAUACAGUUCAACAAUUGGAAUACCAACCAGUUACUAUUUCUGGAGUGAGUACCGAAACAUCUGGUGGACCAAGCAACGUCUUACAAACAUUCUGGCAACAAAGUGAUGUAGAUUUGUCCCGUGGUAUGGACUUUGCUCCACGAGGAACAGUUAAUGCACGAUUUACACAUUUGCAACAUUCUGAUUUCUCUGUCAGAAUCCAAGCAAAUAACUCUUCGGGACAACAAGUACGAGGUACUUGUCGUAUAUUCUUGGCACCCACAAAUGAUGAACGUGGUGUUCCAAUUCCAUUCACUGACCAUCGUAAAAUGUUCAUUGAACUCGAUAGAUUUAUUGUCACAUUGGAUCCAGGAAGUAAUGAAAUCAUUCGUCAAUCAACUGAAUCAUCUGUAACAAUACCAUUUGAACGAACAUUCCGUAACUUGGAUCUAAAUCGUCCAGUUGGUGGCGAAGAAUUAGCUCAAUUCAAUUUCUGUGGCUGUGGAUGGCCUCAACAUAUGUUAAUUCCAAAAGGUUCACCAGAAGGAUUCCCAUGCACCUUAUUUGUUAUGAUUUCGAAUAUUGCUAACGAUUUAGUUGAUCAAGAUAUAUCAGGAACAUGUAAUGAUUCCUCGAGUUAUUGUGGUAUUAAAGAUCGAUUGUAUCCAGAUCGUCGUUCAAUGGGAUACCCAUUCGAUCGUGAACCUCGUAAUGGUGUGAAUACUUUACGUGAAUUCCUUACUCCAAAUAUGGCAACACAAAAUGUACAAAUUCGUUUCACCGAUCGUACAGUGGUUCGAGGGGCACGAUGAAACUUUUGCUUUCACAAUGCUCUCUUGAAAAUAUGUGGACAACGAUGAUGACUUCGCUAUCGAUUAUUGGAAAAUUUUAUAAAUUGUUUAAAUA